CACAUUUCCGCGUAUAAAGUCGUCCUUUGGUAUGUACACUCAGAAAGCCAGUUUGCCCCUUCGAGUUCAAUUCGUUUUGCCGGCAAAAUAUAUUAUAUUUUUAAUAAUAUAUUAUUUUUCUUCGGCAGAUUUUUUUUCUGACGUCAUAUUUCCGCGCCCAGGUGCCAUCCGAAAACGUGCCGUUCUGUGCUGUGGACAUAACACUGAACUGAAUGAUAGGUAUACCCUGGGACAGAAUCGGAGACACUUUAAUAAUGCUAAAACUGUCUCGGACACAACUGAGCAUCUAUUGAGCGUAAUAAUUACACUUCCUGAUUCGGAACUGCGAGAUUUGUUCAGCGAGUUAAAUGCAAUUUAUAGUGUAUAUACUGAACUGUGUUAUUAUUUAUCCAGCUUUGACGAAAUGCCUAAGUAGCAAACGGUUGAGAUGCGACUAGCAGCAGCAUCAGGAGCACUGCUUAAAUGUCUGCCAGGUUUAGUCCGAUCUCGCGGUUUUUCUGAAGAUAGUUGUCGGGAAUUCAGUGGGCUACCCGGAGAAGAUGUCCAAGCAAAAUCCCAUCCGCAGUCUAAAGAGGCGUCACUCUACGUGCAUUGGCCAUACUGUCUGAGACGCUGCUCUUAUUGCAACUUCAACAAGUACAUCUCCCGGUCUGUCAAUCAUGUCGACAUGACGACAUGCCUGCAGCGGGAGACGGAGACACUGCUGAGGCUGAGCCAGGUGUCUAGCAUCACCUCUGUGUUUUUCGGGGGCGGAACUCCCAGCCUGGCUCCGCCCUCAACCAUUGCUUCCGUCUUGGAGACCAUUGCUAAGCAAGCUGGUCUCCGGGUCGACGCUGAGGUCACACUAGAGGUCAACCCCACCCCUAUGGGCGUGGCCAAGCUGGCCGAUUUCCUGCAUGCUGGAGUCAACCGAUUCUCUGUGGGAGUACAGUCACUGCGAGAUGAGGACCUGAGGGUGCUGGGGAGGGACCACCAUUCCCAGCAUGCCCUGCGCACGGUGGAGGAGGCACGGCGAUUGUGCCCGGGGCGCGUAUCUGUUGAUGUCAUCUUUGGGCGCCCAGGACAAGGCCUGGCCUGCUGGGAGGCGGAGCUGGAGGAGCUGCUAUUGGUCUGUGAUGAUCAUGUGUCUCUGUAUCAGCUCACCCUCGAGAGGGGCACACAUCUGUUCAGGCAAGUGCAGGCGGGCCAGCUGAGCUUGCCGGGCGAUGAGGUCAUGGCCCGCAUGUACGAGUCAGCACGGAGGAUUCUGGGAGAACGAGGCUUCCUACAAUACGAGGUGUCAAACUUCGCCAGAAAUGGAGCGGUUAGUUCACACAACCUCACUUACUGGAGGGCAGGGGAAUUCCUUGGUGUGGGACCAGGAGCGCACGGUCGCUUUGUUCCCCGGGAGAAGGGAGGGGUGUUCAGAGAGGCUCGGACUCAGACCCUGGAGCCAGACGUUUGGAUGGCGGAGGUGAAGCGCUGGGGUCACGGAACCCGCAGACGUGUGGAGCUCAGUCAUGUGGAGUUGUUGGAAGAGGUGUUGGUUAUGACUCUCUCUCUAAGAAUUGUCUCGGGGUGCUUGCAUGCUCACUGGAACCUGUUCAGUCCUGGGUUGGGUCUCCAGCAGGUGGUGGGGGAGAGUGCAGAGGUGCAGGAGUUUCUAGAGAGGGGACUGCUCAUCUUAGACCACAGGGGUCUGCGCUGUUCCUGGGAGGGGCUGGCUGUUUUGGACAGUCUGCUGCCCCCGCUGCUCUUGGAGCUGCAGGCACAUGCUCAGGCCCAGGAGGUGCAAGGGGAGUGCACCACGGGGUUCGAGUGAGGGGGGCGGGGGGGUGCAGAGGGAGGUAGAGGAAUGCGCAUAGGCCGCGACAGCGGGUGGGAUGUUAACGGGCCAGCGUGUGGCGGUGUUUCGCGGUUCACUGUUCCGUUUUUUGGGCUUUAAAAAUGCACCACAAGCUCAUUAGAGGUUCUAAACAACGUUGUGAAUAACCUGUAUAUUUACCUUUAUAUAUAAUAAUACUGUAUAUUUAAUAUAUCAAGUGUUUUAUUAAUAAAUUGAUAUUUUGGCGAACCGC